UGCCGGCCGCCUGGCUUCAGACCCGCCGGGCUCCCGCCGCGCGCGCUGUCCCUGGAGCGCGGGGACGCGGCCCGGAGCCGGGAAGAUGGCGAAGCGGCUCUGCGCGGGGAGCGCACUGUGUGUUCGCGGCCCCCGGGGCCCCGCGCCGCUGCUGCUGGUCGGGCUGGCGCUGCUGGGCGCGGCGCGGGCGCGGGAGGAGGCGGGCGGCGGCUUCAGCCUGCACCCGCCCUACUUCAACCUGGCCGAGGGCGCCCGCAUCGCCGCCUCCGCGACCUGCGGAGAGGAGGCCCCGGCGCGCGGCUCCCCGCGCCCCACCGAAGACCUUUACUGCAAGCUGGUGGGGGGCCCCGUGGCCGGCGGCGACCCCAACCAGACCAUCCAGGGCCAGUACUGCGACAUCUGCACGGCUGCGAACAGCAACAAGGCACACCCCGCGAGCAAUGCCAUCGACGGCACGGAGCGCUGGUGGCAGAGCCCACCGCUGUCCCGCGGCCUGGAGUACAACGAGGUCAAUGUCACCCUGGACCUGGGCCAGGUCUUCCAUGUGGCCUACGUCCUCAUCAAGUUUGCCAACUCACCCCGGCCGGACCUCUGGGUGCUGGAGCGGUCCAUGGACUUCGGCCGCACCUACCAGCCCUGGCAGUUCUUUGCCUCCUCAAAGAGGGACUGUCUGGAGCGGUUCGGGCCACAGACGCUGGAGCGCAUCACACGGGACGACGCGGCCAUCUGCACCACCGAGUACUCACGCAUCGUGCCCCUGGAGAACGGAGAGAUCGUGGUGUCCCUGGUGAACGGACGUCCGGGCGCCAUGAAUUUCUCCUACUCGCCGCUGCUACGUGAGUUCACCAAGGCCACCAACGUCCGCCUGCGCUUCCUGCGCACCAACACGCUGCUGGGGCACCUCAUGGGGAAGGCGCUGCGGGACCCCACGGUCACCCGCCGGUAUUAUUACAGCAUCAAGGAUAUCAGCAUUGGAGGCCGCUGUGUCUGCCAUGGCCACGCGGAUGCCUGUGAUGCCAAAGACCCCACGGACCCGUUCAGGCUGCAGUGCACCUGCCAGCACAACACCUGUGGGGGCACCUGCGACCGCUGCUGCCCCGGCUUCAACCAGCAGCCGUGGAAGCCUGCGACUGCUAACAGCGCCAACGAGUGCCAGUCCUGUAACUGCCACGGCCAUGCCACCGACUGUUACUACGACCCUGAGGUGGACCGGCGCCGCGCCAGCCAGAGCCUGGAUGGCACCUAUCAGGGUGGGGGUGUCUGUAUCGACUGCCAGCACCACACCACUGGCGUCAACUGUGAGCGCUGCCUGCCCGGCUUCUACCGCUCUCCCAACCACCCACUCGACUCGCCCCACGUCUGCCGCCGCUGCAACUGCAAGUCCGACUUCACAGAUGGCACCUGCGAGGACCUGACGGGUCGCUGCUACUGCCGGCCCAACUUCUCUGGGGAGCGGUGUGACGUGUGUGCCGAGGGCUUCACAGGCUUCCCAAGCUGCUACCCGACGCCCUCGUCGUCCAAUGACACCAGGGAGCAGGUGCUGCCAGCUGGCCAGAUUGUGAAUUGUGACUGCAGCGCGGCAGGGACCCAGGGCAACGCCUGCCGGAAGGACCCGAGGGUGGGACGCUGUGUGUGCAAACCCAACUUCCAAGGCACCCAUUGUGAGCUCUGUGCGCCAGGGUUCUACGGCCCCGGCUGCCAGCCCUGCCAGUGUUCCAGCCCUGGAGUGGCCGACAACCGCUGUGACCCUGACACAGGCCAGUGCAGGUGCCGAGCGGGCUUCGAGGGGGCCACGUGUGAUCGCUGUGCCCCCGGCUACUUUCACUUCCCUCUCUGCCAGUUGUGUGGCUGCAGCCCUGCAGGAACCCUGCCCGAGGGCUGCGAUGAGGCCGGCCGCUGCCUGUGCCAGCCUGAGUUUGCCGGACCUCAUUGUGACCAGUGCCGCCCUGGCUACCACGGUUUCCCUAACUGCCAAGCAUGCACCUGUGACCCUCGGGGAGCCCUGGACCAGCUCUGUGGGGCGGGAGGUUUGUGCCGCUGCCGCCCCGGCUACACAGGCACCGCCUGCCAGGAAUGCAGCCCCGGCUUCCACGGCUUUCCCAGCUGUGUCCCCUGCCACUGCUCUGCCGAAGGCUCCCUGCACGCAGCCUGUGACUCCCAGAGUGGGCAGUGCAGCUGUCGGCCCCGCGUGACGGGGCUGCGGUGUGACACGUGUGUGCCCGGUGCCUACAACUUCCCCUACUGCGAAGCUGGCUCUUGCCACCCUGCUGGUCUGGCCUCAGUGGAUCCUGCCCUUCCUGAGGCACAGGUUCCCUGUAUGUGCCGGGCUCACGUGGAGGGGCCGAGCUGCGACCGCUGCAAACCUGGGUUCUGGGGACUGAGCCCCAGCAACCCCGAGGGCUGUACCCGCUGCAGCUGCGACCCCAGGGGCACGCUGGGUGGAGUUGCUCAGUGCCAGCCGGGCACCGGCCAGUGCUUCUGCAAGCCCCACGUGUGUGGCCAGGCCUGCGCAUCCUGCAAGGAUGGUUUCUUUGGACUGGAUCAGGCUGACUAUUUCGGCUGCCGCAGCUGCCGGUGUGACAUUGGCGGUGCGCUGGGCCAGAGCUGUGAACCGAGGACCGGCGCCUGCCGGUGCCGCCCCAACACCCAAGGCCCCACCUGCAGCAAGCCUGCGAGGGACCACUACCUCCCAGACCUGCACCACCUGCGCCUGGAACUGGAGGAGGCCGCCACACCUGAGGGUCACGCCGUGCGCUUUGGCUUCAACCCCCUCGAGUUCGAGAACUUCAGCUGGAGGGGCUAUGCGCAGAUGGCACCUGUCCAGCCCAGGAUCGUGGCCAGGCUGAACCUGACCUCCCCCGACCUUUUCUGGCUUGUCUUCCGAUACGUCAACCGGGGGGCCAUGAGUGUGAGCGGGCGGGUCUCUGUGCGAGAGGAGGGCAGGUCGGCUGCCUGCGCCAACUGCACAGCGCAGAGCCAGCCUGUGGCCUUCCCACCCAGCACGGAACCUGCCUUCAUCACUGUGCCCCAGAGGGGCUUCGGAGAGCCCUUUGUACUGAAUCCUGGCACCUGGGCCCUGCUUGUGGAGGCUGAAGGGGUGCUCCUGGACUACGUGGUUCUGCUGCCUAGCGCAUACUACGAGGCGGCGCUCCUGCAGCUGCGGGUGACCGAGGCCUGCACAUACCGCCCCUCUGCCCAGCAGUCUGGCGACAACUGCCUCCUCUACACACACCUCCCCCUGGAUGGCUUCCCCUCGGCCGCCGGGCUGGAGGCCCUGUGUCGCCAGGACAACAGCCUGCCCCGGCCCUGCCCCACGGAACAGCUCAGCCCAUUGCACCCGCCACUGAUCACCUGCACGGGCAGUGAUGUGGACGUCCAGCUUCAAGUGGCAGUGCCGCAGCCGGGCCGCUACGCCCUAGUGGUGGAGUACGCCAAUGAGGAUGCCCGCCAGGAGGUGGGCAUGGCCGUGCACACCCCACAGCGGGCCCCCCAGCAGGGGCUGCUCUCCCUGCACCCCUGCCUGUACAGCACCCUGUGCCGGGGCACCGCCCGGGAUACCCAUGACCGCCUGGCUGUCUUCCACCUGGACUCAGAGGCCAGCGUGAGGCUCACAGCUGAGCAGGCACGCUUCUUCCUGCAUGGGGUCACUCUGGUGCCCAUUGAGGAGUUCAGCCCGGAGUUCUUGGAGCCCCGGGUCCGCUGCAUCAGCAGCCACGGCGCCUUUGGCCCCGGCAGUGCUGCCUGUCUGCCCUCGCGCUUCCCAAAGCCGCCCCAGCCCCUCAUCCUCAGGGACUGCCAGGUGAUCCCACUGCCGCCCGGCCUCCCGCUGACCCACGCACAGGAUCUCACUCCAGCCACGUCCCCAACCGGACCCCAACCUCGGCCCCCCACCGCCGUGGACCCUGACACGGAGCCCACCCUGCUGCGUGAGCCCCAGGCCACCGUGGUCUUCACCACCCAUGUGCCCAUGUUGGGCCGCUACGCCUUCCUGCUGCACGGCUACCAGCCAGCCCACCCCACCUUCCCCGUGGAAGUCCUCAUCAACGCCGGCCGCGUGUGGCAGGGCCACGCCAACGCCAGCUUCUGUCCACAUGGCUAUGGCUGCCGCACCCUGGUGGUGUGUGAGGGCCAGGCCCUGCUGGACGUGACCCACAGCGAGCUCACUGUGACCGUGCGUGUGCCCGAGGGCCGGUGGCUCUGGCUGGAUUAUGUACUCGUGGUCCCUGAGAACGUCUACAGCUUUGGCUACCUCCGGGAGGAGCCCCUGGACAAAUCCUAUGACUUCAUCAGCCACUGCGCAGCCCAGGGCUACCACAUCAGCCCCAGCAGCUCAUCCCUGUUCUGCCGAAACGCUGCUGCUUCCCUCUCCCUCUUCUAUAACAACGGAGCCCGUCCAUGUGGCUGCCACGAAGUAGGUGCUACAGGCCCCACGUGUGAGCCCUUCGGGGGCCAGUGUCCCUGCCGUGCCCACGUCAUUGGUCGUGACUGCUCCCGCUGUGCCACCGGAUACUGGGGCUUCCCCAAUUGCAGGCCCUGUGACUGCGGCGCCCGCCUCUGUGACGAGCUCACGGGCCAGUGCAUCUGCCCACCACGCACCGUCCCGCCCGACUGCCUGCUGUGCCAGCCCCAGACCUUUGGCUGCCACCCCCUGGUCGGCUGUGAGGAGUGUAACUGCUCAGGGCCCGGCGUCCAGGAGCUCAUAGACCCUACCUGUGACACAGACAGCGGCCAGUGCAAGUGCAGACCCAACGUGACUGGGCGCCGCUGUGAUACCUGCUCUCCGGGCUUCCAUGGCUACCCCCGCUGCCGCCCCUGUGACUGUCACGAGGCGGGCACUGCGCCUGGCAUGUGUGAUCCCCUCACAGGGCAGUGCUACUGUAAGGAGAACGUGCAGGGCCCCAGAUGUGACCAGUGCAGCCUUGGGACCUUCUCCCUGGAUGCUGCCAACCCCAAAGGUUGCACCCGCUGCUUCUGCUUUGGGGCCACGGAGCGCUGCCGGAGCUCGUCCUACACCCGCCAGGAGUUCGUGGACAUGGAGGGCUGGGUGCUGCUGAGCACUGACCGGCAGGUGGUGCCCCACGAGCGGCGGCCAGGGACGGAGAUGCUCCGUGCAGACCUGCGGCAUGUGCCUGAGGCUGUGCCCGAGGCUUUCCCCGAGCUGUACUGGCAGGCCCCGCCCUCCUACCUGGGGGACCGGGUGUCAUCCUACGGUGGGACCCUCCGUUAUGAACUGCACUCAGAGACCCAGCGGGGAGAUGUCUUCGUCCCCAUGGAGAGCAGGCCGGAUGUGGCGCUGCAGGGCAACCAGAUGAGCAUCACAUUCCUGGAGCCGGCGUACCCCACGCCUGGCCACGUUCACCGUGGGCAGCUGCAACUGGUGGAGGGGAACUUCCGGCACACGGAGACUCGCAACACUGUGUCCCGCGAGGAGCUCAUGAUGGUGCUGGCCAGCCUGGAGCAGCUGCAGAUCCGUGCCCUCUUCUCACAGAUCUCCUCGGCUGUCUCCCUGCGCAGGGUGGCACUGGAGGUGGCCAGCCCAGCAGGCCAGGGGGCCCUGGCCAGCAAUGUGGAGCUGUGCCUGUGCCCCGCCAGCUACCGGGGGGACUCAUGCCAGGAAUGUGCCCCCGGCUUCUAUCGGGACGUCAAAGGUCUCUUCCUGGGCCGAUGUGUCCCUUGUCAGUGCCAUGGACACUCAGACCGCUGCCUCCCUGGCUCUGGCAUCUGUGUGGACUGCCAGCACAACACCGAAGGGGCCCACUGUGAGCGCUGCCAGGCUGGCUUCGUGAGCAGCGGGGAGGACCCCAGCGCCCCCUGUGUCAGCUGCCCCUGUCCCCUCUCCGUGCCUUCCAACAACUUCGCCGAGGGCUGUGUCCUGCGAGGCGGCCGCACCCAGUGCCUCUGCAAACCUGGUUAUGCAGGUGCCUCCUGUGAGCGGUGUGCGCCCGGAUUCUUCGGGAACCCACUGGUGCUGGGCAGCUCCUGCCAGCCUUGCGACUGCAGCGGCAACGGUGACCCUAACUUGCUCUUCAGCGACUGCGACCCCCUGACGGGUGCCUGCCGUGGCUGCCUGCGCCACACCACCGGGCCUCGCUGCGAAAUCUGUGCCCCCGGCUUCUACGGCAAUGCCCUGCUGCCCGGCAACUGCACCCGAUGCAACUGUGCCCCAUGUGGGACAGAGGCCUGCGACCCCCACAGCGGGCACUGCCUGUGCAAGGCAGGUGUGACUGGGCAGCGCUGUGACCAUUGUCAGGAGGGACAUUUUGGUUUCGACGGCUGCGGGGGCUGCCGCCCGUGUGCUUGUGGACCGGCCGCCGAGGGCUCCGAGUGCCACCCCCAGAGCGGACAGUGCCACUGCCGACCAGGGACCAUGGGACCCCAGUGCCGCGAGUGUGCCCCUGGCUACUGGGGACUCCCUGAGCAGGGCUGCAGGCGCUGCCAGUGCCCUGGGGGCCGCUGUGACCCUCACACGGGCCACUGCACCUGCCCCCCGGGGCUCAGCGGGGAGCGCUGCGACACCUGCAGCCAGCAGCAUCAGGUGCCCGUUCCCGGCGGGACUGUGGGCCACAGCAUCCACUGUGAAGUGUGUGACCACUGUGUGGUCCUGCUUCUGGAUGACCUGGAACGGGCCGGCGCCCUCCUCCCCGCCAUUCGUGAGCAACUGCGUGGCAUCAAUGCCAGCUCCGUGGCCUGGGCCCGUCUGCACAGGCUGAAUGCCUCCAUCGCUGACCUGCAGAGCCAGCUUCGGAGCCCCCUGGGCCCCCGCCAUGAGACAGCACAGCAGCUGGAGGUGCUGGAGCAGCAGAGCACAAGCCUCGGGCAGGAUGCACGGCGGCUGGGCGGCCAGGCCGUGGGGACCCGAGACCAGGCGAGCCAAUUGCUGGCCGGCACCGAGGCCACACUGGGCCGUGCGAAGACGGUGUUGGAGGCCAUCCGUGCCGUGGACCGCACCCUGAGCGAGCUCAUGUCCGAGACGGGCCACCUGGGGCUGGCCAAUGCCUCGGCUCCGUCAGCUGAGCAGCUGCUCCGGACACUGGCCGAGGUGGAGCGGCUGCUCUGGGAGAUGCGGGCCCGGGACCUGGGGGCCCCGCAGGCAGCAGCUGAGGCUGAGUUGGCUGCCGCACAGAGAUUGCUGGCCCGAGUGCAGGAGCAGCUGAGCAGCCUCUGGGAGGAGAACCAGGCACUAGCCACACACACCCGCGAUCAGCUGGCCCAGCAGGAGGCCGGCCUCAUGGACCUGCGAGAGGCUUUAAACCGGGCAGUGGACGCCACGCGGGAGGCCCAGGAGCUCAACAGCCGCAACCAGGAGCGCCUGGAGGAAGCCCUGCAAAGGAAGCAGGAGCUGUCCCAGGACAAUGCCACUCUGCAGGCCACUCUGCAUGCGGCUAGCGACACCCUGGCCAGCGUCUUCCAAUUGCUGCACAGCCUGGACCAGGCCAAGGGGGAGCUGGAGCGCCUCGCCGCCAGCCUGGACGGGGCUCGGACCCCACUGCUGCGGAGGAUGCAGACCUUCUCCCCGGCGGGCAGCAAGCUGCGUCUAGUGGAGGCCGCCGAGGCCCACGCACAGCAGCUGGGCCAGCUGGCGCUCAAUCUGUCCAGCAUCAUCCUGGACGUCAACCAGGAUCGCCUCACCCAGAGGGCUAUCGAGGCCUCCAGCGCCUACAGCCGCAUCCUACAGGCCGUGGAGGCUGCCGAGGACGCCGCUGGCCAGGCCCUGCAGGAGGCGGACCACACGUGGGCGACGGUGGUGCGGCAGGGCCUGGUGGACCGAGCCCAGCAGCUCCUGGCGAACAGCAGUGCACUAGAGGAGGCCAUGCUCCAGGAACAGCGGAGGCUGGGCCUCGUGUGGGCUGCCCUCCAGGGUGCCGGGACCCAGCUCCGAGAUGUCCGGGCCAAGAAAGACCAGCUGGAGGCGCACAUCCAGGCGGCGCAGGCCAUGCUUGCCAUGGCCACAGACGAGACAAGCAAGAAGAUCGCACACGCCAAGGCUGUGGCUGCUGAAGCCCAGGACACCGCCGCCCGUGUGCAGUCCCAGCUGCAGACCAUGCAGGAGAGUGUGGAGCGGUGGCAGGGCCAAUACGAGGGCCUGCGGGGCCAGGACCUGGGCCAGGCGGUGCUCGACGCAGGCCGCUCAGUGUCCACCCUGGAGAAGACGCUGCCCCAGCUGCUGGCCAAGCUGAGCAUCCUGGAGAACCGUGGGGCACACAACGCCAGCCUGGCCCUGUCCACUAGCAUUGGCCGCGUGCGAAAGCUCAUUGCCCAGGCCCGGGGGGCUGCCAGCAAGGUCAAGGUGCCCAUGAAGUUCAACGGGCACUCAGGGGUGCAGCUGCGCACCCCACGGGAUCUUGCCGACCUUGCUGCCUACACUGCCCUCAAGUUCUACCUGCAGGGCCCAGAGCCUGAGCCUGGGCAGGGUACCGAGGAUUGCUUUGUGAUGUACAUGGGCAGCCGCCAGGCCACUGGGGACUACAUGGGUGUGUCUCUGCGUGACAAGAAGGUGCACUGGGUGUAUCGGCUGGGCGAGGCGGGCCCUGCAGUCCUAAGCAUCGAUGAGGACAUUGGGGAGCAGUUCGCAGCUGUCAGCCUGGACAGGACUCUCCAGUUUGGCCACAUGUCCGUCACAGUGGAGAGACAGAUGAUCCAGGAAACCAAGGGUGACACGGUGGCCCCUGGGGCAGAGGGGCUGCUCAACAUGCGGCCAGACGACUUCGUCUUCUACGUCGGGGGGUACCCCAGUACCUUCACGCCCCCUCCCCUGCUUCGCUUCCCCGGCUACCGGGGCUGCAUCGAGAUGGACACGCUGAAUGAGGAGGUGGUCAGCCUCUACAACUUCGAGAGGACCUUCCAGCUGGACACGGCUGUGGACAGGCCUUGUGCCCGCUCCAAGUCGACUGGGGACCCAUGGCUCACGGACGGCUCCUACCUGGACGGCACCGGCUUCGCCCGCAUCAGCUUCGACGGUCAGAUCAGCACCACCAAGCGUUUCGAGCAGGAGCUGCGGCUCGUAUCCUACAGUGGGGUCCUCUUCUUCCUGAAGCAGCAGAGCCAGUUCCUGUGCUUGGCCAUGCAAGAAGGCAGCCUCGUGCUGUUGUAUGACUUUGGCGCCGGCCUGAAAAAGGCCGUCCCACUGCAGCCCCCACCACCCCUGACCUCGGCCAGCAAGGCGAUCCAGGUGUUCCUGCUGGGGGGCAGCCGCAAGCGUGUGCUGGUGCGUGUGGAACGGGCCACGGUGUACAGCGUGGAGCAGGACAAUGAUCUGGAGCUGGCCGACGCCUACUACCUGGGGGGCGUGCCGCCCGACCAGCUGCCCCUGAGCCUGCGACAGCUCUUCCCCACCGGGGGUUCAGUCCGUGGCUGCAUCAAAGGGAUCAAAGCCCUGGGCAAGUAUGUGGACCUCAAGCGGCUGAACACGACAGGCGUGAGCGCCGGCUGCACCGCCGACCUGCUGGUGGGGCGCGCCAUGACUUUCCACGGCCACGGCUUCCUUCGCCUGGAGCUCUCGAACGUGGCACCCCUCACUGGCAACGUCUACUCCGGCUUCGGCUUCCGCAGCGCCCAGGACAGUGCCCUGCUCUACUACCGGGCGUCCCCGGAUGGGCUGUGCCAGGUGUCCCUGCAGCAGGGCCGUGUGAGCCUACAGCUCCUGAGGACUGAAGUGAAAACUCAAGGGGGCUUUGCCGAUGGUGCCCCCCAUUACGUCGCCUUCUACAGCAAUGCCACGGGAGUCUGGCUCUAUGUCGACGACCAGCUCCAGCAGAUGAAGCCCCACUGGGGACCAGCCCCCGAGCUCCAGCCGCAGCCUGAGGGGUCCCCGAGGCUCCUCCUGGGAGGCCUGCCUGAGUCUGGCACCAUUUACAACUUCAGUGGCUGCAUCAGCAACGUCUUCGUGCGGCGGCUCCUGGGCCCACAGCGCGUAUUUGACCUGCAGCAGAACCUGGGCAGCGUCAAUGUGAGCACAGGCUGUGCACCCGCCCUGCAAGCCCAGACCCCGGGCUUGGGGCCUAGAGGACUGCAGGCCACCGCCCGGAAGGUGGGCGCCCCAGGGGCCUCCCGCCGCAGCCGUCAGCCCACCCAGGAUCCUGCCUGCAUGCUGCCCCCACACCUCAGGACCACCCGAGACUCCUACCAGUUUGGGGGUUCCCUGUCCAGUCACCUGGAGUUUGUGGGCAUCCUGGCCCCACAUAGGAACUGGCCCAGCCUCUCCAUGCACGUCCUCCCGCGAAGCUCCCGAGGCCUCCUCCUCUUCACUGCCCGCCUGAGGCCCGGCGGCCCCUCCCUGGCGCUCUUCCUGAGCAAUGGACACUUCGUCGCACAGAUGGAAGGCCUCGGGACUCGGCUCCGCGCCCAGAGCCGCCAGCACUCCCGGCCUGGCCGCUGGCACAAGGUCUCCGUGCGCUGGGAGAAGAACCGGAUCCUGCUGCUGACGGACGGGGCCCGGGCCUGGAGCCAGGAGGGGCCACGCCGGCAGCACCAGGGGGCAGAGCACCCCCAACCCUACACCCUCUUUGUGGGGGGCCUCCCGGCCAGCAGCCACAGCUCCAAACUUCCGGUGACCGUCGGGUUCAGCGGCUGUGUGAAGAGACUGAGGCUGCACGGGAGGCCCCUGGGGGCCCCCACACGGAUGGCAGGGGUCACACCCUGCAUCUUGGGCCCCCUGGAGGCGGGCCUGUUCUUCCCAGGCAGCGGGGGAGUUAUCACUUUAGACCUCCCAGGAGCUACGCUGCCUGACGUGGGCCUGGAACUGGAGGUGCGGCCCCUGGCAGUCACCGGCCUGAUCUUCCACUUGGGCCAGGCCCGGACGCCCCCCUACUUGCAGCUGCAGGUGACCGAGAAGCAAGUCCUGCUGCGGGCGGAUGACGGAGGAGGGGAGUUCUCCACGUCGGUGACCCGCCCCUCAGUGUUGUGUGACGGCCAGUGGCACCGGCUGGCAGUGAUGAAAGGCGGGAACGUGCUCCGGCUGGAGGUGGAUGCGCAGAGCAACCACACUGUGGGCCCCUUGCUGGUAGCUGCAGCUGGUGCCCCAACCCCUCUGUACCUCGGGGGCCUGCCUGAGCCCAUGGCCAUGCAGCCCUGGCCCCCCACCUACCGUGGCUGCAUGAGGAGGCUGGCGGUGAACCGGUCCCCCGUCGCCAUGACUCGCUCUGCGGAGGUCCACGGAGCAGUGGGGGCCAGUGGCUGCCCAGCCGUCUAAGGCACAGCCAACCCCGGCCCCUGGUCAUGCCCCUGCAGCUGACUCACAGCACCCCUUGUGCUCGCCUCAUAGGUGUCUAUUGGGACUCUAGGCUCUACGGGUGACAGAUCGUUUCUGAAGAUGGUUUAAGUUAUAUCUAUCUAUCUGUCUUCUUAAAUAAAAGAAUAAAAUACUGCAAAAUGUUUUUGUAUUUGGCCCUUCCACCCAUUUUUAAUGAAUUGUGAGAGAUUUGUAAUCAAUCACUGGUUCCUCCUUAAAAAUUAAAAAGUAACUUCUGUAUAACUGAAUGUUGACUUAAAUAUGGAGAGAGUCUCAAGACAGGUCUGUAACCGGCCUGGACAGAAGCACGAAACUCUUCCUGCAGUGACCGUUUUCCGUCGUUAGGUCAAAUAACUUUCUCUGGGACCCUACAGCAGCUCCUCACGCUAGCACCUGUCCAGCCAAAACUCUCUUUGGGCAAAGAAACUAAGCGUUGGCAGGUAAAAGAAAAGACUUUAUUAUCAGUGGGUGGGAAGUGAGGGUGUGCAACGCACUGCAAGCGCCCAGUUCCUCAGAGGACGGCGCAUGGCUCAGUCCAGGCUCAUGUCCUCCUCUUCGUCCUUCUUGUCCUUCGUGUCGCCUUCUUUCUGCUCGGGCUUGGCGUUGUUCUGCAUGGCUUUGGCAAACGCUUCCACAUCUAAAACAUGUUAAAGACACAAGGUGGUGUCUAACCCUUGCCCAGAACUGGGGAUCGAAAGCAGAAGGACUGUGACCUUUACCCCCUCAGCCCCACUUCUGCAGAUCCAGGGGGACAGGAACGGACCCUGCCCCUGGCUCUGGCCCGGAGGUGCAGGCGCAACCACUUACCGCCCUUGUUGGCGGCCUCCACGGCCUCUGCAGGCAGACCGAACUGGCACAUGAGGGGGCCCAGCUGCCCCGAGGCCAAGGCUGCGCUGAACAUGCCCAGGGCCUGCAAGAAGAGCCAGGCGAGGGCUGAGCUCCACCCUGGGCUGCGCCCCAGAGCCACACUGCUCAGCUGCCAGCUCUGUGGGUCAGGUACACGAAGCACUUGGCCACGGUGAAGGUGGGGCAGGGCCUCCUCCUCCGCACUCCCUGAGCACACAGUGGACACCCUGGGCCCGGCCUCUACCUGCUGGAACUGGGGCGAGGUCAGGGUAUUCUGGAUCUCAUCCGCGGUCUGCGGCAGUGACUCCCCAGAUGGCAAGUAGGGAAGCAGGCGCUCCUGGACGUCCGCGUUGGCGAGGAUGGGAGCCAUUAUCUCCGGCGUCAGCACACUGGCCAGGUCCACUGGGGCACAAGAACACGGCCAUCAGCUCGAUGACAGCCUAAGUGCCCACAAGGAAGGCAUGCAAGCAGGGACUCAGCCCAUGGCCCCAGCACCCCAGGCGCGCACACCAGGCAGACGCCCCAGCACCCCAGGCGCGCACACCGGGCAGACGCCCCAGCACCCCAGGCGCGCACACCGGGCAGACGCCCCAGCACCCCAGCACCCCAGGCGCGCACACCGGGCAGACGCCCCAGCACCCCAGCACCCCAGGCGCGCACACCGGGCAGACGCCCCAGCACCCCAGCACCCCAGGCGCGCACACCGGGCAGACGCCCCAGCACCCCAGCACCCCAGGCGCGCACACCGGGCAGACGCCCCAGCACCCCAGCACCCCAGGCGCGCACACCGGGCAGACGCCGCAGCACCCCAGGCGCGCACACCGGGCAGAUGCCUUGGAAGGUAAGCAUGCGAGGGUCAGCAGGCCCCGUACCCACCACCCAGCUCCAGGCGACAGCACGCGUUACCUUGCUGGCCGCCUGCUGGCCCGGCUGGUACGUUCAUCGUGGCCAGGAUGCUCUGGAGGUCGCUCAGCUGGAUGGGCUGGGUCGGGCUGGCUGCUGUGCUGGCUCCAUUCCCAGAACUGGGCGCGGGGCUCGGGCUAGUUGCUGAGGCAGCUGCUGGAGCAGAAGGGGCUGGGGUGGCACGGGUGGAAGAGGUGGUGGAUGACGGGGUGACCGCUGCCGACUGGCUCCGGGAGCUGCGAAGAGAGAGGGCACCGCUGGAGCGGACACACCCCACAUGGCAGAGCCUACUCCCAGGGUCCAGGGCGCCGGGCCAGGAUUCCCCACUGCCCGUCCCUUAACACUGUGGAGCCUGCGUGGCAGGACUGGAACGAUGAGGCUCACCUGGAGGAGGAGCUGCUCCCUGGAGGCCCGCUGCUCCCCAGUAAGCUGGCCAGGCCAGGUCCAGUCAGGGCCCCCAGCCCACCUGCGAGGGGCAAGGAAAUGCAAGCUCAGGAUGCCCUCUAGCCCACCAGGAAGAGCCUGGCCCCUCCCCAGGCCAGAGGAGCAGGAAUUCCCAACACCAAAGCCAGGAAGAAGCGGGAUGGUGGGGACCCACAGGCCUGGAGGAGCAGCGUGGGGCGGGCGGACACUUGUGGCUGUGUUCUGGAAGCAAGGUCACUUCUGUUCCAUCCCAUUACACAAUUCAUGUGCUUAGAUUAAAAGAUUCAGUCCAGAUCCCACCCAAAGGGACAAGCAUUUCUGAAGGGCCAAGCAAGCACACGGGCCUGCACUCCAUGAGCUAGCAGCAGGCGGGCAGCCAUGUGGGGCCAGGGGACCCAGGGCAGGAACCCCAGCUCCCUCCAGUCCUCCAGCCCCACCGCUCGGCCAGCCACCCUCCUCCGAAGUACCCAGCUGGGGUCCUCACCAGGGGCCCAGAAGCCCUCGCCUACCCAGCUCUAGCCAAAGGCAAACAAGCCCAUUCCCAAAGGGGAACCAGCUUGCAGACCCGCAGACUCCCCGACACUACGCAGACAGAGCCAGCAGAAGUUUAAAGGAAACAGAGACUGGGCCUCAAAGCAUUCCCAGCAGAAGCUGCCCGAGAGCCCAGGUGGCGUGCGUUACCCAGUCCUCCGAGGCCGGCUGGUCCGAUGAGCUGCAUGAGCUGGCUGUGGCUCAUGUUUCCCAGCAGGCUCUGCAGGCCACCCUCACCUGGAAAACACUGCAGCUCAGGCGGGCCUGCCCCAGCCAGAUCCACGCGGGCCCCACGGCGCUGCCUGGGCCUCUGCUGAGCACCCCACUCGGCUGCCCCUGAACUCUACAGGAGGCGCCACUUGAACUGAGGUGACGGUGGGACGCAGAUCAGUCCUACCCUGUGAAGGUGGGAGUGGGGAGUGACCCAGGGAGCUCACAGGGUCUCUAACUUAGAAUCUUCUGUUUCCAAACAACCUGUGCUGAGAGGGCGAGUCAUCCACAGUAGACUCUGGCCUCCCAGAAAACCCUGAGCUCAUGUGACAGAUGUGCCAGUUACCGCCUAGUGCAGAGAGCUCGUGGCCGCUGCUCCCACUGGCCCCCAGCGCCCCAGGCAUUGGGGGGUUGUUCAGAUACUCGUUGACUUUCCGGCAGUGCUCCUCAUCCUGGUCUGUCUUGGGUUCCUGCAACAGGAAG